CACCCCGCGCAGCCCGCAGCCAGGGUGGCCGGAGCGGCCGGGCCACGGAGCGGGCGGCAUGAGCUGCUACCAGCUACCGGUGGUGAUCGACAACGGCUCGGGAGUGAUCAAGGCGGGCCUGGCUGGGUCCCGGGAGCCCCAGUUUGUCUACCCGAACAUUAUCGGCCGCGCCAAAGGCCAGAGCUUGGCAGCCGAGGGCGCGCUGGGACUGUGCGUGGGCGACCAAGCGCAGGACCGCAGAAGCUCGCUGUCCAUCAGCUACCCAGUGGAGCGUGGUCUCAUUACUUCCUGGGGGGACAUGGAGAUCAUGUGGAAUCAUAUCUAUGAGGCUAACCUGAAGCUAAAGCCCUGCGACGGCCCAGUCUUGAUUACAGAGCCAGCACUGAGCCCACUGGCCAACCGGCAACAGAUCACUGAAGUGUUUUUUGAGCAUCUGGGGGUUCCUGCCUUUUAUAUGUCCAUCCAGGGGGUGCUGGCUCUCUUUGCUGCUGGCUUCACGACUGGCUUUGUGCUGAAUUCAGGUGCGGGGAUAACCCAGUGCGUACCCAUCUUUGAGGGUUACUGUCUGCCUCAUGGUGUCCAGCAGAUAGGUCUGGCAGGCCUUGACCUCACCAACUACCUCAUGAUGCUGUUGAAGGACCAUGGCAUCAUGCUGCUGAGUGCUGCGGACAGAAGGAUCGUCGCAGACAUUAAGGAAACCUCAUGUUACGUGGCGAUGAACUUUGAAGAGGAAAUGGCCAAGAAACCGGACUGUAUAGAGAGAGAGUAUCAGCUACCUGAUGGGAAGACCAUCAAGCUCCACGAGCAGCUCUUUCAUUGUCCAGAGGCCCUCUUCUCUCCAUGUCUCAUGAACCUCGAGAGCCCUGGCAUUGAUAAGAUGUGCUUCAGCAGCAUAAUGAGAUGUGAUACAGAUCUGAGGAAUUCCUUUUUCUCCAAUAUUAUCCUUGCUGGGGGAUCAACUUCUUUCCCUGGUUUAGACAAGCGCCUAGUGAAGGAUAUAGCAAAGGUGGUGCCUGCCAACACCCCUGUGCAGGUUAUAGCUCCCCCAGAAAGGAAAAUAUCGGUGUGGAUGGGAGGCUCUAUUCUUGCAUCCCUGUCUGCCUUCCAGGACAUGUGGAUCACUGCUGCAGAGUUCAAAGAAGUGGGACCCAACAUAGUACACCAAAGAUGCUUCUGAAUACAGAUAAAAUGGUUAGAAGACAAUGUUUUGAGUACGUGCAACAGAAAACUUUGGAUAUUAAAUGUUUCUGGGAGAACAGAAAAUAUUUCAAUUAUUGGAAUGUCCAUGUCUCUGCUGCAUUUCUAUAAUGGGGGAAAAUAAUGGUGAAGCAGUCCAACAACAGAUGUUUAUUGAGUAAAACCAAAUUAAA